AAUAGUGCUAACCUUGGUACCUUCGCUGUAAAAUUGGAUCCUGUAAAAUUGAGUCCCGUGAUCCUGUAAAAUUGAAUCCCGUGGUACCUUCACAAUAGUGAACAAGAUGGCGGGUGAUUUGAGUUCACGAAAGGAUCAGAUAUCAAAUUCAUUACAAAUGAUUCAACGAGACGUCAAUUGUCUGUGCGAAAAUAACAAAUCAACAAGAAGACGAGCUAUAGAGAAAAUUACGAAAGAAAUGCUCCGAAAAGCCCCACCACUCAAAGCUGAUAUUCUGCAGGGUUGUUUUGAGUCGAUACUGAAACCUGUUCUUAAGCUAUUUUCAGAUCCAUCAGAAAAAUGCCGAGAAUUAUCAAUACAGUUUGUAUUGGACUCAUCUACCCGCCUUGAAGAUAUGACACCAUUUCUACCAUAUGUCAUUCCUGUUUGCGUUCAACGUUUGGGUCAACAAGAAAUUGUAGAGACCUGCGAAGAACUCCGCUUGUUGAUCAUGGAAUUGCUGACUGCACUCGUCGUAAUCUGUAAAGAAAACAUAGCCUUAUAUGUCGAUGACUUUGUGACGACUUUAUGUAAAGCAAUCGCUGAUCCAUUUCAUCACGUAAAGAAGGAAGGCUGCAAGUGCAUUUGCCUUUUGGCGAAAAUGAUACCAAAGCAGUUCUACUGUCAGGCAGAAGUUUUUGUGAAGCCCUUAAUGCUUGUAAUAAGUCAUCAACAUUCCAAAGUCAGACUUGCUGUGAUAGAGACUAUCGGCGUAGUAAUACAAGGUAGCGACGGGAAAGAUGUCGACAUUGCUCUUCCUCAUUUGGCUCAGCGAACGUUUGAUGACAAUCCUGCUGUAAGAAUGAUGGUCUUCUCUGUUGUUGGUAAAUGGUUGCUUCAUCUAAGAGAUAGAUAUUCUUACUUUCAUAAACUGAUACCCCUGCUGUUGACUGGUCUAUCUGAUGAGAUUACAGAUAUUCGGACGAAUUCGACGGAUUUGUUUUCAAAGGUAGGUGAGCAAUAUGAGAUUGAAAACGAACAGGAUUUUAAGGAUAAACAAGACUUUCAAGUUUGGGACAAUAACGUAUGUACGAAAGGAGGAGUAAGACGAAAUCUUGGCUGCCGUGCGCUCAUUGAACGUAAUAUGUCAAAAAUCCUUCCUGCCAUCUUGAGGGAUAUGACUGAUUGGACUGCUGCUGCUAGAAUUAAAGCAGCGUCUCUAUUACGCAACAUGUUAUAUUAUGCUGAGGACAAUGCAACACAAUACAUUGAAUCGCUUCUCUCCGGACUUUAUAAAGGUUGCCGUGAUGACGAAGCCAUUGUCGUUCAUCAGGUUUUUUUAUGUGCAGAACUGAUCGGAAGAUACGUGGAACCCAAAGUAUAUACUAAAUUAUGUCUUCAACAACUUAAAUCCGCCAGCACUUCAACAGAACAGCAGAUCGCAUGUGUCUUGCAAAUACUUGCGGCCAUGAUUGAAGGAGCCCCAGAUGAUAAGAUUAGACAUCAUAUAAAGGAAAUAUGCGAUGCUAUAGUUUGUGAGGAUGUCUGUCAUAGCGAAUGUGUGAAUGUUCAAGAACAGCUACUGAAGUUAGUGCACGUGAUCACUUCAAAAGCUUCAAGUGAAUGCUCCUUCUAUAGUCUACAGCUUUUUUUUGUUCUUCUCCAUGUCAUGUCGUUGCAGCGAGAAAAAAGGUUUGAUGCAGAGAUUGAAAGAUGCAUGGUGAGAUUGGCUUUUACCCUACAACUUCCAAGUAAAGACGACAUAUACAAGCUACAUACAGAAGAUGUGCUAGAAUUGUUGAAGGACAGCCAUACGUCAUGGACAAGUCAUUCUUCAUCUGCGUUACUGUUUAAUACUCUCAUGUUGAAUGCUGGUGCUGUGGUAGGAACUCUGCUCGCCGACAUUAUUCCCGUGUUUAAAGUUUGUCUGCAUCCGGAUAAAGAUCCUGAACUGAGAUUGAAGUUUUUCUCCCUGCUCUCGAAACUAUCCAUGGAUUCUAAUCGUUCAGUCAACUCAAACGGGGAAUUUCCGCAGCAUUGUGGGACGAUGUUGAUUGAUUGCAUUGUUCCAAAUUUGUUAUGGCGUGCUGGAAGGGUUGCCAUUGCUGUUCGUACUGCGGCUAUAUCUACUUUCUGGGCAAUUCUUCAAUCAAAUCUUCUUCUUUUGGAAACUUUCAAUAAUACGCUGAAAGAAAUUUUAACUGAGGUUAUUCCUUGCUUGGAGGAUCACAGUAGUACCACGAGAUCUGUGACGUGUCAAGUGUUAGAGAAGUUAUUGAAUCUUUGCAAAGAACAAUUUGAAGUUGAUUGCCUUCAUCUGUUGUAUCCAGAACUCUUAAAACGAAUGGAUGACAGCAGUGACGAAGUGCGACUUUUUGUCACCAAAGCAUUUCAGGAAUACUUUAGAGCAUUUCCCUCUGAUUACGACAAAGAAUUGAAUAAGCUUCAUAUCGAGGCAGUGUUUAAGGGAUUGCUGGUUCAUUUAGACGACCCAUCAUCGACUAUACAGGAAGGCGUUCUUCGUAGUUUAAAGGAAGGCUGUCAUAUCAAUCCCUCCGUAAUGAAAAAACAAGUACUGCUUGUUCAACACAAGCACAGAGUCUCGAGAUACUGCGAUGAACUUUUGCAGCAUGUAAACAUCCUUACUAUAACCUGACUUAGCUACAGCGCUAACUUUUACAUAAAAGUUAUUUUCUUUAGUCGACACACUUGUAAAAUCUGCUCUAAACGUCUAUAGAUUAUAUCCAUUAUUAUAUCUUUUUAUUUAUUUCCAUUGCAUGUGUCUCCAAUAGAUUUUUGUAAAUGUGUUUCAGUAUUUUGUAUGUGUCAUUGUGCAACGUACAUAUUAUGGAUCGCCAUCUAUACAUGCUAUAGUUUGCCAGAUUGCUAAAUGCAGUAAUUAAAGCUUAUACCAGUCUGUACUAUGCUUAGUUCUAUAUUUCAUUGAGAUGAUAGUUGGUGAGAGUGAUUCCCGAAUCAACUAUGGCCACAUUGAAAUGAGGAGCGAUUAGUUUGAUUAUUGUAAUAGAAUCUUAGUAGUAUUCAUAAAGAAAAGGAUUGUUACAGUUUAGCCUGAUUUUUGAUUUCAUGCAUGUUGCUACGCUUCUUCCAGCAAAUCUUGUAAAUAACUUAAUUUUAUAAAUAAAGACCAAUUGGGACUACGCCAGUCAUGGUUGUCCUAAAUUUGUAAA